AUGCUCCACCAUAGCUGCGCCCGUUGCCGCACCAAGAAGAUCCGGUGCGAUGGCGCCUCGCCGUGCGCUCACUGCGUCGACAACCAGGUGGCUGACGAGUGCAAACGUGUCAUGCGCAAGUCACGCACCCGCAAGGAUGCCUCGAAAGGUGCCCGGAGCGUUUCCAGCGCGGCUCGCGACAGCUUCAGCUUCAAUCGCGCCUCGCCGUAUUCGUCGUCUCAUCGACCCCUGGCAAACGCCGCUCAGCCCGUGGUGACAUCCGAGGCUGAGACUGCCUCCUUUGUGGCGCAACAAGCCCGCACGUCUACUCGCCCAUAUGCAGCGUCCAUGACUUCCUCCGUCCCUGACCUGGAUGUGAGUGGCGGAAGCCGCUCCAGACGAGUGUCGGCAGAGCUGGCUCAGCGCGCGCGCGAGACCAUCGGCGACUUGAAAGUGGCCGAGCGGAUGAUCGACACCCACUUCUACUGGCGCUGCUCGAGCAUGGUCUACAGCUGCAUCCAUUUGCCAACGCUCCAGUUGACGCUUCCGCGACUCUACUCGCCCGAGGUCAGCGACGCCGUAGGUGAGGAUGAGCUGGCCGUUGUGCUUCUAGUGCUUGCCAUGGCGAUCCAAUUCGCACCGCACGACGCGAGCGAGUCGGACCUGAUGCCCAUGUGCCAGGACUUGGGCGCGUCCAUGACACCCUUGGAACGUCAGAACGCUCUACACGCUCUCGCCGCGCCGCUCUUGCAGCGCAUGGUGUUCAGCUCAGAGGCCACGCUGCAACAGCUGCAGGCGUGCAUCCUCACGGUUGUCUACGACCUCGACUCGGCAGGCUUCAAGGAGCAGAUGCGUCUGCAUGCCGUCCGAGCAGCUCAGACGCUCAGGCUGGACCAUAUCAAUGCAGACGUUCCGGUGACAGUAGACAACGAAAUGGGCGUCCGAGCCUGGUGGUUCCUCGUCUGUCGCGACUGGUUUGUCUCGCCGCAGAAGGGCUCGUACCUGCUGCAUCCGCACCACUUCACCACCCGCAUGCCGCUGAUGGUCAGCGAUGAGGCACUCGAACGCAUCCCUUUGGAGCUGCCUCUACCAUCGCUACAGGAGCCAAGUGACAAGUGGCUUCCGGUACGCUGGAUGGAGCCGCUGAUUCGACUCGCCACACUCGUGCGCAGCCUCGUUGACGAGAAGCUGCGCAGCCACGCCAGCGGGCCUCUGCCGUUCCACAAGGUGGAGAAAGGCUUCAGCGAGCUCAUCGAUGCGCUCCCACGCGGCUUCCGAAUCGACGAAAUCUAUCUUGUCAAUACGGGCCAGCCCAAGAGCGGAUGUCAGGAGCGCUACUCGAUCGAGCGCUGGCUGCUGCACCAGGCCAUCUUUGCGGCCAUGCUCGGAUUCUACGAGGUGCAGCUGGGCGAGGCUGUGUCGGCUGAAGUCGUGACGCUCGCCAACCAUAUCCUGGACCUGCAGGGCCGGCUGCGCCACCGCUGCAAUGUGGUCAACUCGCUGCGCAUCAACGUCGACUCGGUGGUGCGUGCUUCGAUGCUCAUCUGCACCGAUCUCAUGCACCAGGCGCGCACGGGAGGGUCCAGUCUGGCACGACAGAUCUCGCUCGGCCGUGUACGUGAAGCCAUGGUGCGGGUCAAUGCACAGACACCCGCGACGCAAGCCGAUGUCGAGUUCGUAUCCACGCUGCUUCGAGCCGAGGCACGGCUUUGGGAGCAACACCGCACCAACUUCAACGGGAGCUUCGAUGGUAUGGUGACGCUUGGCGGCGGGAGUACCACUAGCAGCGCAAGCAUCGCUACGGAGGAUCACAGUGCCAGCAGUUUGAGCGUGUUCAGUGCUCCGCUGACGCCGCUGUCAAUCGAGACAGGAGCAGACGUGCGCAUGGGCUCGGCCGACUCUCCCGCUCACAGCCUGGUGGAAGCUUCCAUGCGGGCCGAAGCCAUGCGCACCGAAGACAGCAAAGCAAGUAUGUUUCCGAAGGACACCGGCAUCUGCCCUGCGCUGCACGUCGACAGUGCAGCGGUGGACAAGCUGUGGAAGCAAGUCAUCGAGUUCCUCCAAGAGAGCCCGGAAUGA